AUGACUACCACAGUGACUGAGACCGCCCCAGAGAGCUACAAGCUCGAGCUCAUGUCCGCCUACGGCCCCGUCUACCGCGACGUCCUCAAGACCCCGCCCCGGGACUGCAACGCCUCCGAGGUCCCCGUCAUCGACCUCUUCACCAUCCGCGGCACCGAGGCCGAGCGCAAAGCCCUCGCCGCCACCAUCCGCGACGCGGCCGAGAACACGGGCUUCUUCUACAUCAAGAACCACGGCAUCCCCAUAGCCACCAUUGACGCGGCCUUCUCGCAGGCGCAGGCCUUUUUCUCGCAGUCGAAUGAGAAGAAGGCGCUGGCGACGCAAAAGAAGAGCAAAUUCUUCAACGGGUGGACUGAGAAGCGCGCUGCGCAGAUCUCGCCGACGGAGACGAAGGAUCACCGUGAGGGGUUCAGUUUUCGGUAUGAUCCGCGGUAUGAUCCCGAGACCAAGGACCCGGACGCCGUGCCGGAGGAGGUGAAGCCGUGGAUGAAGCAUGAGGACUUUGUGUGGGAGGGGACGAGCCACUUGCCUGGGUUCAAGGAUGACAUGAUUACGUACUGGCAGGGUUGUUUGACGCUUGCGAGGAGCUUGAUCCGGGCUUUCGCGUUGGCGUUGGAUGUUCCUGAGAACUAUUUUGAUGAUGUUAUUACAUAUCCUGGAAGUGAUAGCGUCUGUAACUACUACCCAAAGAACACGGAAGCACAAGACGCGACUAUCGACGUCGGCCUGGGCGCUCAUACUGAUCUGCAAUGUUUCACCCUCCUCUGGCAAGACAGCGUCGGCGGGUUGCAGGUGCUUACAAAAGACGGGCAGUGGAUCAAGGUGCCGCCCGUCCCCGACACCUUUGUCAUCAACAUUGGCGACUUUUUGCAGCGUCUGUCCAAUGACCGGUUCAAGUCGACUGUUCACCGGGUCUUUAAUUACGCUCCCGAGGACCGGUAUUCUAUGCCCUUCUUCUUUGGGUUCAACCACAAUGAGCAGUGUUCUGUGCUUCCUACUUGCACGGAUGAGAAGAAUCCACCCAAGUAUGAGCCGAUCAGCUGUGGCGAGGUACGUCACAGAGCCCCUUUCUAA